AUUUUGUGUCAAAUUAUCGAUUUUUACCCGCCAUUGCAAAGUGGCGGAGUCUGCUACAAUCUGGUCAAAAAGUUUUUUAUCAUUUUGCAUUUUGCAAAGUUUGCAAAAUUGAAUGCAAUCUGACUGCCAAAUUUUCUUAUGAUUUUCAUCUCUUCGUCCUAUUUUUGAGAAGUUGUACUUAAAUUGAAAACUUCAUUUGCCGGUGUGCUAAUUUCAAGGUGUUUAUUAAAAGUAUUAUUGUAAGAUUUAAUUCACGAAAAUGAAUAAAUCAAAGCCGGAAGAUUCUGAAGUGCUACCUGUAGAGAAACAGAAAAUCAAAGGGAAGUUUACUCAUCUCAUUCUUGUGAUACCAGCGCUGGACGAGAGAUGGGUACAGGCUAGAAGCUUUGGCUAUUACGUAUUCCCUCCAACAAAACGAAAAGAUGGUAAAUAUUCGUCUCAUUUGAAAGAAGAAUGGUUGAAAACCAUGUCAUUCGUACUAGAUGAUAUCUGGUGGUUGUGUGAGCUUCCUUAUCACAGAUUUUGGAGUCAAGUUAUCUUCCAUAAAGAAUCCAUGAACGGUGUUCAAUCUUUCUUGCAUUUAGCCCCAUUACAGAAGUUAUACUUCCGGAUUCAAGAUAAUGAUAUUUUAAACAUGUACAAGCGUAUUAAAAAGGCAGUCUUCCAAUUCCUCAAACGAAUCUGCAGAUUUAAGGAAUCGAGUUUGCAUUUCAUGAGUGAAGAGAAAUACGAAGAUGUAUUGAGCUCUAAUAAUUUGAUAACCAUUUCGUUGAUGUUUUGUAUGUGUUUGGUUUACACGAAAGAAGAACAAAUUGAAAAAAUGAUCAACGAUUUGUUCAAGUACAAUAAAAGUUUGAGACUGGAUGAUGCUGUUCUAAGAACUACUCAGCUGUUUAGUUACAUUCAUAAAAAACUGAAAAGCAGUUACAAGGAUAUGAAGAGAAGUAUAGAAGAAUGCGAAUGUGGCGAAUUAAAAGAAAUAUUGAAUACGUAUCGAAAAUCUAUAAUUACUGCGGUGCAAUGUAUAACUCCUGCUGCUAUGAGUAUUUCUAAUUUCAUUCAAGUAUACAAAGACGGAUGUAACGUGCUUUCAAUUUUCGAUUUUGAGUAUCAUAUAAUCAGAACGUACAAAAAGCUACUGAUUUCACUUCACGAAGAAGUGAACUUAUUAUUCGAUGGUCCUGCGUUCGAAGAUACACGUUCACGAUUAAUUACUAUGCUAAAUAUUUCUAGAAUCGAGUUCCUAAAAAUUUUCUACGCCUGUUUAAAUUUUUCUUUAGAUAAAUUAAGUAAUAACCGUGAAUCGUUCGAUGUGGUUCAUAAUUACGUAAAAGUUAUGAAAUUCGCUUUAAAAGUGGAAGAAUUUGUUUACGAUUUUAAUAACAUCUACAGUAUCGAAGGACUCACCAAAGAAUUCAACAAGUGCAAUUCAAAUAUUGAUAUUAGCGAAGUUACUCGAAUCAAAGAGAAGAUGACUGAAUCUUACGAUAAGCUUCAAAAUGAUACGAAAAUUUCGUCCGAAGAUACUGCUUGUUUAAAUGGGACCGUGAACGGUUACGAAAAUGAUUUUAGUAAACUGAAACUUGACGACCCGAAAGAAUUGUCUAAUCUGAUAGAAAAUUACUGUAUCGAUUUCGAAUUCGAGUCUGCAGAAAACAGCGAUAGUGAAUCUAAUUCUAGUAAUUCCAGAGAUUUUUCAGAUAACGACUCUUCAUCCGAGUACAGCGAUUGGACUAAAAACGAUGACAGCGGUUCCGAAUACGAAGGUUAUCUGUCAUCUGCCGGCGAAUUGGAAGGAAGCGACGGAUUUGGAGAUAAAAAAGAAUCGAGAUCGUCUUUUGAUACUCUGAGUGACGAUCACAGAAUAGAUCAGGAAUUCGCGAGUGAUCAGCCAGGACCUUCUGGAGUCAAUAUCAAAACUUUAAAAGUACGGUCGGAAAUAGAAAUCGCUAUAGAUCAAGUAAAAGAUGUGCUUCCUCAUUUGGGAGAUGGAUUUAUUGUGAUGUGCUUGGAGCAUUACAAACAUGAUCCAUCGGCGGUUAUUAACGCAGUACUUGAAGAUAAUCUGGCUCCUGCGUUGAAACCCGUUGAUCAGAAUUUGCCAUAUAUUCCGCCAGAAUUAUUAAAGGAUUCUUCGUACGAUGUUCCAAGUACAAACGCAGUAGAAGACGUACCUUUGAAAGAACUGAAAAAAGAUGAUUAUAACAGUUAUUUCGAUAUGUUGAACGACAAAAAAGACGUCUCUAGUUACAAAAGUAUGUACGAAAAAUAUCAAAUUGUGUCUCACGAUGUAUACGACGACGACGCCGAAGAAGACUACGAAGACGAUACGAUUCCAGCUUUAGAAGCCGAUCCUGAAAUCUUGUACAAUCCUAACUGGAAAGUCGAACCAUUUAAGUACGAAUCUGACGACGAUUCCGAACCAGAAAAACAAAAUGAGGUGCCUCCAGACCCUAAAAACACCAAAAAACCGUUGGACUUUUGUGAAAAUCCGGAAGUUGUUCGUGCACGAAACGAUCAGAGAAGAAGAGCGAAGGAAGAACGUCGUCGCCCCAAUACGUAUUCGAGAAGUCGAGAUAACCCGUCCAAUUCGGAAAACCAAUCCGAUAAUACGAAUCGAGAAAGGCAUUUCAAAAACGUACACAAAUCGAGGAGUGGAAAUCACAACCGAAGAUAUUUAUCCGACCGAAAAAGAAAAGCUUGACACGAGUUCGAGUUGAUUUUCGAAAAAAAUUGUUACUCUGUGAUAAUUUUUUCUAUUGUUUUUAUCGAUGGAAAAGUGCCUUAUUAUGCUGUAAAACAGUUUUCUUAAUCGUUUUAUUCGAUUUUUAAUUCUGUUUAAACGAAAAAGUUGAUUUAUUUUUCUGUGAUAGAAAUAAUCGAUUUUUUUUUGUAUACGAAUACUCUUUGUUACUUCCUGAACCCCGUUUUGUAACGUGAUUACUGAUUUAAAAAUAUUAGAUAUUUCAAUUUUAUUAAAAUAUCUUCCAUCAA